AUGUCAUCACCAUAUCCAAUUCUCGAUAAUCGACCAAUUGAUCAAUGGAAGGUUACAGAGUUAAAAGAGGAGCUCAAGAAGCGGAAAUUGACAACCAAGGGUUUGAAGGAUGAUUUGAUAAAGCGGUUGGAUGAAGCAAUACGAAUUGAAAGGGCAAAUAAUGGUCUUACUGGUGAUCCCCAACCUGUUGUUGGGGUGAAAGUUGUAGAGCCACGUUCAGGUUCUAGAACACCUAAAAGUAUUGGUUCUGGUGGACGUAAAAGGACUGAAAAAGUUGAUGUUCCAGUUCAGAUUGACAACCGCGCAGCAACUUUGGAUCAAGGGAAUAUUCAAGAAGGUUAUAUUUUGGUGGAUAAAAAUGCAUGUGCUAUUGUUGAAGAGGAGCUGGGUCAAUCGACUACUGUGGAAACCACUGUGGAAACCAGUGUUACGGUCACUGAGAGUGUGGUAACUGAGGAAGUAGUAGUUGUGCAAGAUUCACAGAACACUGAAGCCAAUAAGGGGAAUGGGAAUUCAAAGCCCCUACUGGAGAAUGAGUAUGCAAAGCCCCUGCUUGAGAAUGAGGACCCAAAGCGCCUUCUUGAGAAUGAGGAUCCAAAGCCCCAGCUUGAGAAUGAGGACCCAAAGCCCCGGCUUGAGAAUGAGGAUCCAGAGCCCCAGCUUGAGAAUGAGGAUCCAAAGCCCCAUCUAGAGAAUGAUGAUCCAGAGCCCCAGCUGGAGAAUGUUGAUCUAAAGCCCCAGCUGGAGAACGAGGCUCAAAAGCCCCAGUUGGAGAUUGAGGAUCUAAAGCCCCAGCUGGAAAAUGAGGGUUUAGAGCCUACAGCCAAGGAUGACAUGCUCGGCUCUUCUGCUCCAAACCACCAGGUAUCUGAGGUCAGCACUUUAGGGUCUGAAGUAAAAUAUGAUUCUAUUUCUACUGAUUCUGUGUCAAUUAAUGAAACGAUUGAACUAAAGGAUAAUAUAAUUGAUCAUGUCAAAUUAGAAUUAGAUAUUGUUAAGCCGGAGAUGGUGGACCCAUCAUCCAGCACUGUUGUUCCAGUCAGUGGUGAUUCACAUCCAAUGGAUGUUGACGAGCCACUUGAGGACAAGGCAUCUCUUGGAGAGAAAGAUGACAACAUUACAAAUGCAGACAUUAGCAAGAAAAAUGAUAAUGCGGAUUUGGGAUAUUGGUGA